GGGGGACAUUGUGGCAGAGAGGACAGAGGGAAAGGAUUUGUUUAAAGCCUUUAGGGAGAAUUUGGCUGGGUUCCUCCUUUUUUUUACUUGAUUCCAGAGGUGACCAACACAAAAACUACUAACUCAAAAUGAAGAUCAUUAUCGGCAUUGGAGGUGUGACCAACGGUGGAAAGACCACUCUGACUAAUCGACUGCUAAAAACAUUACCCAACUGUUGUGUGAUACAUCAAGAUGACUUUUUCAAGAAACCCAAUCAAAUAGAAGUCGGGGACGACGGCUUUAGACAGUGGGAUGUGAUCACUGCCCUGGACAUGGAGGCCAUGGUGAGCACUGUCAAAGGCUGGCAGGAAAACCCGGUCAAGUUUGCCCGCUCCCACGGAGUCAGCCUUACGCCCGAAGCGGAGCUGGACCCAGAGAGAGGCAUCCACAUGCUCAUUGUGGAGGGCUUCCUCAUCUACAACUACAAGCCUCUCCUGGACAUCUAUGACAAAUGUUUCUACAUUUCCAUUCCUUAUGAGGAGUGCAAAAGGAGGAGAAGUACAAGGACAUACACAGUCCCUGACCCCCCCGGCCUGUUCGACGGCCACGUCUGGCCCAUGUAUCUGAAGCACAGGAAAGAGAUGGAGGACAACUGUGACAGAAUAGAGUACCUUGAUGGCAUGACAUCUAAGGAUAACAUCUAUAACUCAGCUUUGGAAAGCAUUCAAAAUGCCAUCCAGAACAACUUAUAGCAGGACGGGAUGAUAGCGGCCCUGUGUAUAUUCUUGUAAAUAAGAUUUCGUGUGAAUGUGUAACAUCGGUGAUGUACUUGCCUGAAUGAUUUGUAAAUAGUUAAUCAAGUAACUUAUUAACAGCAUAAUAGCAGACGCUUUAUGUUUUGUAUAAACAUGUGUAACUUUUUCUAAAUGAUAAGCCACCUCUGGACUGCUCAGUUUGUGACAUCACAUUAUUAUAACUAUUAUUAUUAUAAUAAUUAUUCUAACUCUGAACUGAGUGUAUCUGAAACAAAGUCCCACUGGGAACAUGUUUCCCAAGAUUUAAAGAAACUGCUA